UCGAAAUACUUAAUACGUACAAAAAUUGACCUCGCACAGUUGCAACCUUAAUAAAAAAAAAUAAAAAAAAAACAAUUUUCAAUAUUAAAAUAAAGAUAGAUGCACAUUAAUAUAUUUUGAAACAUGUAUAUUUUCUGUUGGUGUUUCAAAUUCGAAGCGUGUUCUGAAGUGUGUUUAUUUUAGCUCUCUUAUAGUAGUUUUCGGUAAUACUUUCUUCUUUUUUUUUGUGUGGGGACAGAGUUUUUUGGUCUCGUUGGUUUUCCAAGAGCUGAAGGAAUGUUCACACUUUUUCCCCGCCUCGGAUUUCGGAAUUGACAAAAUAUCAAGAAGAUACUUUAAACGAAUACCCAUUGGAGAAAUAAGAGCAAUACAAAAUAUUUUCUCUCAAAAAUUCCUUUAAACAAAAUUGUUUGAAUUCAAAAAUAAGUUUAUUAAAACUUAGUGUCGGUGUUCAUAUAGUUGUUUGAAUUUGAUAAAAUGUUUUAGAAGAAAAGUGUAGACAAAACAAAAAAAAUUAUAAAGAUUAUUAUCUAAAAUAAAAUUCAAAAUUAUCUCUUCUUUAUUCUUGAAUGCCCAUGAGAUUAAAGUAACUUUAAGUGCGGUUUUCAGGACUGUUUGCCUAUAAGCUAGUUUUUUAUAAAAUGAAAACCCUUGAAGAGGGUGUGUCUUAAUACAAAAGAAAACUAAUUGAAACUUAAAAAAAUUAAUUAAUUACAUAUAGGAUACAUAGCACUGAAAUCUAGUAAGUAGGAGCUCAUUUUGAAAAUAAUAAAAUAAUAACACAUAACAAGUGAAAAUAAAGCAACCCGAAAUGGCGAACUUUUAACAACACGAAAGCUAGAAAUCCUAACUAUACAAAAUGACUACACAAAAAUAAAACGAAUUUCAAAAAUAAUACAAAAAUUACGUUUCAAAACAUUCAGGGAAUAAAAGCAAAAACAAAAAUGAAACAAAUAUGCAAUAAACACAACAAACAAAGCUAACAUAAUGAAUCAAUAAAUUAGCAUAAAUAUUAUAUUUCAAAAGAACAAAAACAAAAAGAAAAAAUCCUGAAUUAAGAAAAGAAAAUAUCAUACAAUUUUUUUCAAAAUAAGUUUAUCAUCUAUAUCAUUAAAUCUAAGUUAUAUUGAAAAUUGAAAAAAAAACCAUGCGCCAUCCUUUAAGGUACACUAAAUUAUAAAAGAACAAUUUUUUUAAAUACAACGGAAAGUUAAGAACAAGUUAAAAAGAUUUUUUGGCGGGAAAAAAUCUGUCAAAGAAGAGCGGCGUUUAUUUUUAAUUCUGUUCGAUUUUAAAACAUUCCACCACACAGUAUGGCCUCGGUCGCCGCUUGGCUGCCAUUUGCACGGGCGGCGGCCAUCGGUUGGGUGCCGAUAGCAACGCAUCCCCUCCCACCACCACCUAUACCAAAAGAUCGCCGAAAAACCGACGACGAAAAACUACUAAUAAACGUUUCUGGGCGCCGUUUUGAAACAUGGCGUAAUACUUUGGAAAAAUACCCAGACACACUGCUCGGCUCAAAUGAACGUGAAUUUUUUUACGAUGAAGAUUGCAAAGAAUAUUUUUUCGAUCGAGAUCCGGAUAUAUUCCGUCAUAUACUCAAUUAUUAUCGAACUGGUAAAUUGCAUUAUCCGAAACAUGAAUGUCUCACAAGCUAUGAUGAAGAAUUGGCAUUCUUUGGAAUUAUGCCCGAUGUAAUCGGUGAUUGUUGUUACGAAGAUUAUCGUGACCGCAAGCGUGAAAAUGCCGAACGCUUAAUGGAUGACAAGCUAUCAGAAAAUGGUGAUCAAAAUUUGCAGCAAUUAACAAAUAUACGCCAGAAAAUGUGGCGAGCCUUUGAAAAUCCUCAUACAUCAACGGCUGCAUUGGUAUUUUAUUAUGUUACCGGAUUUUUUAUUGCGGUUUCUGUGAUGGCGAAUGUAGUGGAAACAGUUCCUUGCGGCCAUCGACCAGGCCGGGCUGGAACACUGCCAUGCGGCGAACGCUAUAAAAUUGUUUUCUUUUGCUUGGAUACCGCAUGUGUUAUGAUAUUUACCGCCGAGUAUUUAUUAAGAUUGUUUGCGGCACCGGAUCGUUGUAAAUUUGUACGCAGUGUUAUGAGUAUUAUUGAUGUGGUGGCCAUUUUGCCAUAUUAUAUUGGCCUUGGUAUAACUGACAACGAUGAUGUGUCGGGGGCGUUCGUAACGCUUCGUGUAUUCCGAGUUUUUCGUAUUUUUAAAUUUUCGCGACAUUCGCAGGGUUUGCGUAUUCUUGGUUAUACGUUAAAAUCAUGUGCUUCCGAGCUGGGCUUUCUUGUGUUUUCACUGGCCAUGGCUAUUAUUAUUUUCGCAACCGUUAUGUUCUAUGCUGAGAAAAAUGUUAAUGGAACGAAUUUCACAUCGAUACCGGCUGCCUUUUGGUAUACAAUUGUAACCAUGACAACUUUGGGCUACGGUGACAUGGUUCCAGAGACAAUAGCUGGUAAAAUAGUUGGUGGUGUUUGUUCCCUCAGUGGAGUGUUGGUCAUUGCUCUUCCAGUACCUGUAAUUGUUUCAAACUUCAGUCGAAUAUACCAUCAAAAUCAGCGAGCAGACAAGCGCAAAGCCCAGCGAAAAGCACGUUUGGCUCGUAUUCGAAUUGCCAAGGCAUCAUCCGGUGCUGCAUUUGUUAAUAAAAAGAAAGCUGCCGAAGCUCGUUGGGCUGCCCAAGAAUCUGGCAUUGAAUUGGACGAUAGUUAUCGUGAUGAGGAUAUUUUUGAACUGCAACAUCAUCAUUUAUUAAGAUGCUUAGAAAAAACCACGGAUCGUGAAUUUGUUGAGCUUGAUACACCAUAUAAUGGUCAACCGAAACGUCCCGGUUCGCCAUCGCCUAUGGCAAGUCCAGCUCAUUCAACUAAUAGCGCUGUAGGCUUGAUGCAAUCAUGCUGUGGACGUUGUUGUUCACAGCGCUACCAGGCCUGCGGAAAAUACAUGCCAGCCUCAGGUAAUGCUCAAGGUAACCAAAACAACCAACCAAUGGAUGGGACAUAUUUAGUAGAAGCAUCGUUUUAAUAUGUUUUCAACAGAAAACUAUUUAUUUAUAUGCGUAUAAUAAAAAAAAAAAAAGAAAACAGGUCUAAAAAUCUAUACAAAAAAUACAUUCUUUCUCUAAGAUGAUGUGUGUGUUAUUAGUUAGAUUAAUUAGAUUAUUUUAUAAGAACCAAUCAUAUUCCAAAAGAAUUGCUUAAAAUAUAAAAAUAAAAAACUUUUAAAUUUAAAUUGUGAUAACUAGAACUAUUAAUUUUAGAAAUAAACAUGCAUACUUGCUACACUCUUCUUAAAACACACAGAAAAAAAUUAAUGAUAUCCUACUGAAAAAAUAAAACAGUAUUUGGAAAAUUGAACAGUUGAUUUGAAGAACAAGCAAAAAUAUUGUUAAAAAUAUAAAAACUGAAGAUUUCUAAAUAUCAUUAUUCAUUUCAUGUAGUUUCAAAAUUUGAAUUUAUCUCUCAUUGUACGAGUAGAAAAUAGCUCAGUCAAACUUCUGACCUGUGUCAAAACAAAAAAAUUACAAAAAUUUAAAUGUUAUAAAAGAAAAUAGUAAAAAUUACUUACAAAAAAAGAAAAAUAAUGUAGCAUUUAAAUAUUAUGCGUUUAAGAUGUUCUGUAAGAAAUUCCCUCUGAUAACAAAGACGUGUUUAAGUUUUUCAAGGAUACAAGGAAGUUUUUCAAGGAUACAAGAAAAACAAGUUUGAAAAAUCAAAUACAAAAUUAAGAAAUUCAUCCUUUAUUGCGAGUUGGGACUAUCAAUUGAUAGUUGAUAAAAAUUAAAUUUCGAUAUCUCAUUACAUAAUUAACAAAAGUUUUUAAAAUAGAGAUUUAUGCUCACUGUUAUUUAUUGAAAUGCUAUUUAAAAAAAAAAUACUUAUAACAAGAUGGACAAGUUUUCCCAUAAAUUAGGUUUUAGAAAUAUCAAAUUUUAGUAUUUAUCAAUUUUAUCAAUUGAUAGUUGACAAUAGCAACACGUGUUGAUACCUUCCUAUUUUGCAAAGAGAAUUUUUCCCAAAUUAAUAAUUUAUGUAAAUUCAACUUUGAAGUCGCUAUUUUAUUUAUUAAUCGAUGCCGUUUUUGUGGUAUAUGUUUGAUGAGGUAACCUUAUAUUUUUUUUUUAAUUUUCAAAAACAUCUUUCACAGCUACUUAGCAUAGUUCACCGAAACUCUUGUCGAAAAGAAUGCACUUUCAACAAAUUUUAUCGUAAUCC